AUGGCCGAAUCCGCACAAGACGCUUCAGCCCGAUCCAAUCCUCGAUUUGCAGAUAUCAGAUCAGAUUCUGAGGAAGCAGAACCCAGUCUCGCAACCAUCCAGUUUAAGAAGAUAAUGAAAGAGUUGCGUGAAACGAGGAAGAUGGUGGCCGAAGCUUUGGAGAAAUCCAAAGGCAACCAUACGUCGCAGCAUUAA